AUGGUUAUUGCCGAUGAAUUACGACAAAAAUCAUCAAAAAAUAAGGCGAUAGUUAUCGAUGAAACUAAAAAGCAACAAUCUAAUUUGAAAGCUGCAAAAUCUAAUAGAUCUGUUGUAUACGGUAUUGAAGAAACACAACGUUCACAACCAGAAUCAACGCAAAAUAUUGAGGAAGUUUUAGAAAAUGAAAAGGAAAUUUUCGAACUAAACGAAAGCCAAAAUACUUCAUCACAUGGUACACUUCAGUACGUGCAACCACGAGUGCGAUUUUUUGAAAGAGCAGGAGAAGUCAAACAGUGCGAGCCAAUCGAUAAACAACGAAAUGAAUAUAGAACUUUCGCACUUAUUGAUGAGGAUAAAAAUUGUAUGAUGCAGAACAUUUACCCCAGAGAGGUUCGACAGCAAGAUAUAACCGAAUGCAAAAUUGAAAAAUACAAUGUGGUUGGUUACCAAAUACCGGAGAUUUUUGAAGAAUAUACAUGCAGGGACGACUUUUGA